AUGUGUUCGAGGGCUUUGGCUUUUCUUUUGGGAAUAUUAAUUGCUGUUGGCUAUGCUAUCGAUGUGAAGAUUAGGCCGGAGAAGAGCUCGGUUGAGUUGGAGGUUGGGGCUCAAUUGAGUCUUCUCUGCAAAGUCGAAGGGCUCGCUGAUACUGACAAGCCGGGAAUCACUUGGAGUCGCCAUAGUGGACUGCCGAUCCGGGAUACGGUAGAAGUGGCUCGGCUGGAUAGCCACACUCUAGCGCUGGUGAUCAAUCGAACGAUCGCCAGGGAUUCGGGAGUGUAUAGCUGCAUGGCGGUAUCUGAUAACGAGACGGCGUCCAAGAGCAUUGAUGUCCAUGUUUUUGGGCACGGCGAACCCGAUAGCAUCUUUCUGGAGCACGGUGUUCAAAAGAACGUCAAAAUUCCAAGUCUGGUCGAGGGAAAAUCGGUCGAUCUGUCCUGCGAAUUGAAAACAGGCAGUAACCAAUUUAUCACGACAUGGUCCCGCAACGACAUCAUGCUGGACAAGGACUCCGUCCGCGACAACCUGAAUUGGGGACUUCUAAAGGGAGGCGCUGUGUUGAGGAUCAAAAACUACAACCCGAGCACGGAUUCCGGGCGUUACGAUUGUGGUGUAGCUCCGAAAGAUCCUCUUGCUGAAGUGACUUGGCGCACCUUCUACUUGGGUCCACAAAAGGAAGACCGAAGCGGUUUUUCGCUGUGUCGCAAAGUAUGCCAAGAUACCUGCAACAACGUCAUUGUCAACCAUCGUCGCAAC